AUGGAAGUGCUUUGUUCCUCCAGGUGGUGCUGCCCCGUCUGUGAGUCUCCAUUGCAACAGCGCCGGCCACGUCAGCGGGGCGCAGUGCAAUGUCAGCUGAUUGCUGAGCCCGAAACCCUCCAUGCUUGGCAUGUGAGCAAAAUUUGCUCCACAUGUCCAUUGGUAAGAAAAUUUUGGUGCGGUUUUCAGGAGAUCUUGAUCAACGGCAAAUGGGUCAAGCAGGUUGAUAACCCUCAUCCGCUCUAUUUCUUUGUCAGCAAGAAGUUAGGUGUUGCUGGCAGCUGGCUGCGGAGGUGGCGCUACAGGAUGUACCUACAUCGUGCUUCAUUUUUGCAUGAAGGUGUGCUGCUGCGUCUCUUGGACCCAACUGUCCAAGCACAGGUGAGAUUGCAGCUAGCCCGUGCAUGGGGCCGCGAAAUCUUGUGGCGCAGAUCUGCUGAUGCAGAGCCAGUGGUGCGCGAGCGCCUUGCUUCACAACUCCUGGCUUUACCUUUGGAGAAGCUGCUGGAAGUCAAUUGGUCCUGGUAUGAGCCGAUGAUGUUUCAAAGGCGGUGGACACAACUCCUGACCUCCGGCGACCGUCUCGACAUUUGCGCAAUCGAUGGCAACGCACAGUUGCACAGGCGCACUUGUGGGCAGCCACAUGCGGAAGUGGUCUAUUAUCCCGCUAUCGAGAAAUUUCUCUUGCGAGCUUGCUCCCGCAGCCCUCAUGGCAGAGAAACCUUAUGUCCUUUCCAUGCAUCACAAAGAGAUUCAUUGUUGCAAGCGAAUCCUGGCGAAGGCGAAGUUGCUUCUCACCGCUUGAAACGGGCUUUGUACGCAGAAUCUGAUGUCUGUUACCUUGAAGUCAAGAUGGACGGCUUCGCUGGGUGGCAGCCGGCGGAGACAGUCAACCAGACGGUGCUGAACCGUUACUUUGCAAAACUCGCUGAUGGCACCAUCCGCCGCAGGCGACAGCGGCGCGAAGAGGUCCGGUCCCAGAAAUGGCGUGGCUUCAGGCCACGGAGCCGCAAGUACCUGGCUCCUUGGUCUUCAGAGCAAGCGCGGGCAGAGAGCUCCUGUCAGACGCACAAGGAAGGCGAGCAGCACGUUGCUGCGGCAUCCAAGUCAGCUGGCUUCUUGCUGGCGGUGAGUUCUGGAGGAAUGAUUGUCGAUAUUCAAGAGCUCGUGUGUGCAGAAAGCUUAUCCCAACGUUAUUGUUUUUUGAGUACAUUGGCAACUCGCUGGCCACAGCUGGCCAUUAUUUGCCACGAUGACGCAUGUCAUCUCAAGCUCUUCGCGCUCCAGCAUCGGCGCAGUACUGCCGUAGCGGAGCGAUUGGCAGCAAUGGAUUACAUUGUAGAUCGCUUUCAUGCGCCUGGCCAUUGUGGGGAAUAUUGCGCGCAGCAUUGCUUACCAACCAUUGAAGACAACAAGCGCUUGCUUGGAACUUUUCCGACCGAAAUCGCAGAGAUCGUAAACAGUGAAAUGACCCCACUUGGUCAUACCAUUCACCACAUGGGCAAGUUUUUUGCGCAACUUGUCGUCAGCGAAUGCACGGAUGUGCAUAAUCUGAGUCGCCUCCUGGCCUUGCGUGACAAGCAGCGGGCAGACGCUAAGAAACGUGGACGAGGCACAAUCCAACCUUCUCUCCGACCUUUCGUUUUCGAACUUCUCAUGAACUCAUCCAUGCACACGGUUUCAGGUAAACAGUACAGGCAACCAUAUGAAAGAAAGGGAAACAUUCGCAUUCCCGCAAGAGUUCUUUGCGCUUGUCGACGAUUUCCUUCCAAAUUUUGA